UGUCCAGUGAAGAGGCUGUGCUGCUAGAUUUAAACAGAGUCUGAAGCUAUUGCUGUGAUUGAUCUUCCAUUUUCUGGCCUGAAAGACAUUCAUGAAAAGAGGAAGAGAUGACAGAUUCUUGGGCCUCAGUGACCUAUGAAGACGUAGCUGUGAUAUUCACUCAAGAGGAGUGGGCACUAUUGAAUCCUUCAGAGAAGAAACUCUACAGAGAUGUGAUGUGUGAAAACUUGAGGAACUUUUUUUCCAUAGAAAAAAUACAAGAACUUUCCACCAAAGAGCAGCAUUACUUGCACAGGAGUCAACAAAGUAAUACAGCAGUGAAAGUCUCUGAGGGCAAAAAAAUUCAGAAUGAUAGAACACCUCAAGAAUGUGAAGUAUACAACAAAUUACUCACUAAUUCUAUUCAUCUUCAAAAACAUGAAAGAAUUCACAGUGGAAAGAAACCCUAUGGAUGUAAACAGUGUAGUAAAACAUUCAGUUCUCCCAGUCAUCUUUGGGCACAUGAAAGAAUUCAUAGUGGAGAGAAACCCUAUGGAUGUAAACAGUGUAUUAAAGCAUUCGGUUGUUCCAGUCAUCUUUGGAUACAUGAAAGAAAUCACAGUGGAGAGAAACCCUAUGAAUGUAAACAAUGUAGUCAAAUAUUCAGUUGUUCCAGUAAUCUUAAAAAACAUGAAAGAACUCACAGUGGAGCGAAACCCUAUGAAUGUAAACAAUGUUGUAAAGCAUUCAGUUGUUCCAGUAGUCUUCGGAGACAUGAAAGAACUCACAGUGGAGAGAAACCCUAUGAAUGUAAACAGUGUAGUAAAACAUUCAGUUGUUCCAGUAGUCUUAAGCUACAUGAAAGAACUCACAGUGGAGAGAAACCCUAUGAAUGUAAACAGUGUUGUAAAGCAUUCAGUUGUUCCAGUAGUCUUAAGAAACAUGAAAGAACUCAUAGUGGAGAGAAACCCUAUGAAUGUAAACAAUGUUGUAAAACAUUCAGUUGUUCCAGUAGUUUUAAGAAACAUGAAACAACUCACAGUGGAGAGAAACCCUAUGAAUGUAAACAAUGUUGUAAAACAUUCAGUGUUUCCAGUUGUCUUAAGAAACAUGAAAGAACUCACAGUGGAGAGAAACCAUAUGAAUGUAAACAAUGUAGUAAAACAUUCAGUUUUUACAGUUGUCUUAAGAAACAUGAAAGAACUCACAGUGGAGAGAAACCCUAUGAAUGUAAACAAUGUAGUAAAACAUUCAGUUGUUUCAGUAGUCUUCAGAGACAUGAAAGAAGUCACAGUGGAGAGAAACCCUAUGGAUGUAACCAAUGUAGUAAAACAUUCAGUUCUUCCAGUCAUCUUCGGGCACAUGAAAGAAUUCACAGUGGAGAGAAACCCUAUAAAUGUAAAAAGUUUAGUAAAACAUUCAUUUGUUCCAGUAGACUUCGCUCACAGCGUAUUCACAGUGGAGAGAAACCAUAUGAAUGUAAACAAUGUAGUAAAUCAUUCAGUUGUUCCAGUAGUCUUCGGACACAUGAAAGAAUUCACAGUGGAGAUAAACCCUAUGAAUGUAAACUAUGUAGUAAAACAUUCAGUUGUUCCAGUCAUCUUUGGUUUCAUGAAAGAACUCACAGUGGAGAGAAACCCUAUGAAUGUAAACAAUGUAGUAAAACAUUCUUUUGUUCCAGUAGUCUUCGCUUACAUGAAAGAAUUCACACAGGAGAGAAACCCUAUGAAUGUAAACAAUGUAGUAGAACAUUUCGACAAUCCUGUAUUCUUCAGCAACAUGAACGAACUCACAGUGGAGAGAAACCAUAUAAAUGUAAACAGUGUAGUAAAACAUUCAGGCAAUCCGGUCAUCUUCAGACACAUGAAAGAAUUCAUAGUGGAGAGAAACCCUAUGAAUGUAACCUAUGUAGUAAGACAUUCAGGCAAUCCGGAAAUCUUCGGACACAUGAAAGAAUUCACAGCAGAAUCACAGCCUCAAACCUGCUCCCAGCGCCCUAUCCUCAGCCUGUACCCUCCCGGCUGUGAUGACAUGGAAUUAAUCACUGGACACCUACUGCCGGCAAGUCUUUCUGCCCUGGAAGCCAUUGAGGCCAUUUAUGAGAGCAGUCCCUUCUACUAUGACUGGGAGACCCUGCAGCUGGCAGGAGUCCUCUGCCUGGUCGGCAUAGCCUU